AUGGAGAUCAACCGAGUAAUGCCAUCACCGGAAGGAAACGGGCCUCCCUCCCCACUUCCGACGUCUCCCGCCUCGCCAGUCAGCGGUAGGACGAAAGCCAAGAUCAUUAGAAACCAGAACGCCUGCGACGCAUGCCGGGCCCGCAAAGUCAGGCUACAACAGCGGCGGCAACAAGGGGCGGCGACAUCAACCAUCGGUAAUCAGAGCCCGGCUGCAUCUGCAUCGGACAUCACCUCACCAGACCAAGGCCUCGCCUACCUGAUCUCGCCCACUUCCUCCUCGAACCACACUCAGACGUCUCAAUCUCAUACUCAGUCUCACGACGUAGCCACCGCCCAUUCGGCAGCGGACCUGCGCGCCAUCAUCGGCGCGCCGAGCCCCAACACGGGGCAACACGACAACCGGCUUGCCCUCUUCGCGUCCGAUGACCUCGUUCGCCGCAUGCUGGACGACUGGUUCGAGAAGGUCCACGCUCUCGCGCCAGUCUUGCACAGGCGGCGGUUCAUGCACCGCCUUAAAGUCGGCGAGGCCAACACAGACCGCACUUUUUGCGCGUUGGUGGUGAGCGUCUGCGCCGCGACCGUGGCCACGCUGCGGCGGGCGGAUUACAGUCCUGUGACUGUGGAACGGUGUCUGGAUUUCAUCGAGGAGCAGCACCUCCUAGACCAUGGACUGAGGAAGCCUUCGUAUUCGCUGGAUUGGUGCAUUGCCAUGUACAAUAUCGGCACGUCAGCUAGCUCGUUGAACGAGGACGGGCUAGGGGACAUGGGGUCGUUCCAUGGUAUGUCCGAAGCAGCGGCGUGUGCGAGGUUCCUUGCGUACUACCGCAUGGCCGAUCUGGACAUGUCAGAACAGCAGUUGCUGAAGCGGCUCUUUUGGCUGAUCUUUGCGUCGUAUUGUGCGGACAUAUUCGGAAGACUGUCUGUAAGCAUCGUCUCCCACCAAGAGAACCGCGCCCACCUACGCCCAUUGCCGCUGACAGACUCUCAACUCGACACGGGACCACAACUGUCGGCCGCGGAAUUGCCACCGUGGCACGGCGACACGGUGACGUAUGUACCGGGCUUGAAUCAGCUCAGUGACCUCUUCUUGACAUGGCAUGAGGCGCAAACAGCCCCUGUUAGCCUCUACGGUGGGCAAGAAGAGGCCCUGAAGCAUUUCCUCUCUAGGAUCCAAACAAUAAUUGACAACUUCCCUCCUGAGCUGCGCUGGCGAGGGGGACUAUCCCGGCCAGCACACAUAACGGAAGGCCACGACACACAAAUUGCCAAUCUGUUCAUCACGAGCCUCAACAUCCGCUCCAAUCUGCUGCAGAAGUUUGGAUCCACCGUCAAGACGCGUGCGUUGGAGCAUCAACGCAUUGUUGACGACUUGUUGGAGAUCCUUUAUCAUAUGCCCCAGCACGUUCUGGAGCAGAAUGGAUACUCUUUGAUUCCGAAGCUGAGGGACUGUGGGGCGGCAUACAUGGAACAGAUGAAUAUUGGUGACAGCGGAGCCCCGGAGGCCUUGGUGAGUGAGAGUGCCAGACACAAGCUGGAGAAACUCCUAAGAAAGUUGGAUGACAUAGACUGCUGGCCGGGGCCCCCUGGUGUUGAGAGCCCACAGAGUAAUAGGCAGUGA